AUGAUACAGCUGGCGUUGGAGUUCUACGUUCCGCAGAGAAUCAGUGAUUGUCUGGGUAUCUAUUUCAGUCAGUUCAUGCUGCGUUUUUCAACGAUGCAAUAUACCACAAGAUCUUCCCAGCUUUGUUUUACUCUUGAAUUCACAUUCUUUUCACAAAUAUCGGCUUACAUCAUACUUGCUUUUCACUCACUCAAUCAAUCACUGUUACAACUUAUUUUCUCACUCACUCUUUCCUUCAUUUCUACUCUUCCCUCUCCUUUCUAUAAUUUUCCCUUCUUUCUUUCUUACUCUUUCUCUUCCUCUUUUCUCUCUCUCUCUCUCUCUCUCUCUCUCUCUCUCACCUUUCUGUGUCAUUAUUUUUCUUUCUUGUCUUUCUUUCGCCCUCCCCUCUCUUCUUUCUUUUUCAUACUUUCCCUCUCAAUCUCGCCUUUUUCUCACUCUUUUGGCUUUUAUUUCUCAUAUACUCUCUCUCUCCCCCUUUCCUAUCUUUUCAUCCUCUCUCUUUCUCGUCUUGUUCCCUGUCUUCCUCUCGCCUUUCCAUCUCAUCCCCUCUCUCAAACUUUCUUUCUAAUCCUUUCACUCACUCUUGUCUUUCUUUCUCAUCCUGCCCACCUUACGUUACUUUCUCACCAACCAUUUCUUUCUAACCAUCACGCUUACAUUGGCAGCAGAGCGGACGUUUCUGCUACACAUCCAGUAAGAGAUCCAAUUUUAUCGUCUUCUUUCCACUGCUGUUCGAAGUCAACCUGUAGCCAACUUCUACAGCGCCUUUUGCUGCUUGUUCUUCAACUACGACUGCAGCCAAUACCUCCACCGCACACUCUGGAAGCUGUUACCGUCACUACUGCUUCCACUUCGAUGUUAAUUUUUCUCUCUUUUUUUUACACACCUACACUUACAAUUUCCCAUCACGCUAUCUCGCUGUCUUCCGUUUAUUUUUCCCCAUUGAUCUUUCUAUUUCAUUUUCCUUCUUUCACUAUAUAUUCACCUCAUCUAUCUAUCUAUCUAUCUAUCUAUCUAUUUCACAAUUCCCUCAUACUCGCCUCCUUCUACCUUGGCAAAAUCUCCUUUCCCUUUCCCUCUCCCUCAUUUUCAUCUGAUUCGUUCUUUUUUUUUUUUUUAUUUGCCAGAGUCUCUAUCUUGCUAUCGUAUUCUACAAAUAUUUAUCUAUUUAACUAUCAUUUUCUGCUAAUAUCUAUCUAUCUAUCUAUCUAUCUAUCUAUCUAUCUAUCUAUCUAUCUAUCUAUCUAUCUAUCUAUCAGUCUGCCUGCCUGUCUAUACCACUCUGCAAUAGUUGUCAAGAAGAAAAUGGAAGCUAAAUCGGAUUCGCAGAUACUAUUUUCAGCAUCGUUACAAUGUCGACAUUUUUACACCCACGCAUAUUCGUACCUAUAUCUAUAUAACACUCUCACUCUCCCUUUCUUUCUCUCUCUCUCUCUCUCUCUCUCUCUCUCUCUCUCUCUCUAG